UCAGGGGCCUACGGGGCAGAAAGAAAACCGGUCGUUUUUACACACCAUUGCCCACCGCAGGCUGCUAACUGCUGUGGGCACGCCUAGCACACCACAUCCUGUGCGCUUUUCACACUGGCGAGGCGCCUGCCUCAGGUGCAUCAGAAGCGUUGUGAACCCCUCAUGUUCAUCACCUGUGCACCUCGGUAAAUUCUGGAAGAGAGUGGGGAAAAGCUUGGGGUGAAAAAAUCCCAAGCUGAAGACGCGGACUUCCACAGCCCCGGGCUGGAGGCGGGGGCCAUGUGAAGCCGGGUUCGUCCACCGCCCAAGUCCGGGCCAAGCUGCCAAGGCUGAUGUCCACGGGACACGCUGACUGGGAGUUCAGGAUCCUUCCUUGCAGGGUUCCAUCAGGGCCAGAGGAUCUGGACGCAAGUGGGUUAUUAUAAGAUUAGAGUUCCCUCUGGAUAUAUGCCCAGGAUUGGGAUUGCUGGGUCAUAUGGCUCUGUCCUUCCUCCACAAAUGCCAGGACGGCGCCGGCUGCAGGGGCUGAGCCAUGUCCCUCCAUCCCACCGGCCUCCUGGGCCUCGUGCUCUGUCUGGGCCAGAUGAUCUGUGCACAGGAGGGGAUGCUGCCCAGACCCUCCAUCUCAGCUGAGCCAGACUCUGUGAUCCCCAGGGGCCGGCCUGUGACCAUCGUGUGCCAGGGCCCUGCUGGGGUUGCGACAUUUCGCUUGGAGAAUGAGGAGGAUACAAAUGACUUCAAGGAUAUGCGUGCCAGCUCUCCACUUGGUCCCCACCAGACAGAGGCCAGAUUCCGCAUCCUGGCUGUGAGUGAAGACACUGGCACGCAAUACCGCUGCCGCUACAUAAAAGAGCAUGUCUGGUCUGAGCCCAGUGAGUCCCUGGAGCUGGUGGUGACAGGUAAGGUCCUCUCUGCUGCCCUCAGGUUUGCCCCAGGUCCCUGGACCCUGUCCCCAGCUAUGUCCUCUGUCUGCAGGCUGCCCUGCCUCCUGCUGACCCUCUGCUUCCCUCUCCCCUCUGCACACACGUCCCUCUGCCUUCACACCUGGCUCAGGUCCCUGGACCCUGGUCUCAGCUGGACACAGCCCCAGCAGCAGGGUGGGCACAGAGCUGGCCCCGCUGGGCUGGUGGGGAGUGGGCCUCCAGAGAUGGGGUGGGACAGAGCCCCCUCAAGGAACCCGUGUCUUGUCCCUCAGGAUGUGUUAAAUCGUCUUUUCCACUGGGUCAGAAUCUGUGGGGCCCCAAGCAAUGUGGUGUGGUCCAUGCUCAUUGGCAGGUCACACGGUCGAGGGGGCCCCAAGCAGGGCUGGACAGGACUUUGUGGGAAUAUCUGGGAUGAGGUCAUCCCUGUUCCUGUGUCUGGUCAGCCCCCUGGCUGUUCAGGGUCCAAAGGGGACAUGACCCCCUCCACACCCUUACAGGCCCUCAGGGGAGCUGUUCCGUGCUGAUUCCGGGUGGUAAAGCAGUGGGAGGCGCAGAGGGUGUGGCCCCAGCAGAACGGAGCUCCCUUGUCUGGUCCCCUAACCCAUUUUCUCAGGAGUCUCAGGGUGCUGUCGGGAUUGAGUGAUGGCCAGAUGUGGCCUGAGGAUGGACGCUCAGGGUGGAGGGGGCCACGUGGAGUGGGACAGACCCUUGGCAGCCCCCAUACAGCGCCAAUCCUCGUCCUGCCCCUGACCGCAGGACCCCUUGGAGGUGAGCCCUGCACUCGGGCCGACCCCUCAGUUGAACAGCAGACCUCAGCCUAGAGGGACUUCAGGGUGAGGGGUGUGUGUCUGUGCUGAGGACCAGGGCCCAGCCCUCUGCCUUGUGCUUGGCUCAGGGACUGGUAAAUCCACAGCAAAGGGCCGGCACACGCAGGGCACUGGGGUGUCUCUGAUAUUCAUAAAGAUGCUGAUAACAACACUGGUGUGAUGGAGAAAACCCUACACCAGGCACCUGAUGGCAGUAAUGCCACAACAGGCCAAUGUGGAGUUACCUCCCAGACCUCCUAAGAGCCAACACUCCUUUUAAGGAGCAGAAACGACGUUAAAGUUUCCUGUCCAAGGGCAUAAGGCUCUGAAGGGGAGGAACCAGCUCAGGGCGACCAGACUCCAGACCUCGGGUUUGGCCGCAGCUCUGGGCUUCCCCCUUGUGGACAGAGUACACUGCUGGCUCUGCUUUGCACUGAGAGAGGAACGGGGGACUGGGAGCUCAUCUCUUGAUGGUUAUGCCUGAACAGCCUAGAAGAAGAGUGACCCCCCUCUGGGAGGGUCCUCCACCCGCUGUGGGGAAUCAGGCUAGCUCAGGUCCCCCCCUCCAUCUCCCUCCUGCCCAUCCUCCUCUCUCACACGGUGAAGACUUGAGUUCAGAGCAGAAACCCCUCAGCAGACUGCCUGGAUCAGGGGUUGGACUCCAGUCUCGCCCUCCCAGCCCUGUGCUUGCAGGGCAAUCACCAAACCCUCUAUGUUCUAGUUCCCCGUGUGCAAAACGGGCAGGAACGCGCCCACCCCGCUGCGCUAACUUUGGGGACACAGGGCUUCACUCACACAGGCCACGUGCUUAAAUCAGCGCGGCCAAAUGGGACACCUGGAGAAGUGUUGAUUUUAUCAAUACCGAGGAAGUAUUUCUUCUCACACCCUCCUGCUGCAGGCUCGAUGCAAACAGUGAAUGAGAAGCAGGGUCCCUGGCCUCCCAAACUUUAGCGGGGAGACUUACUUAGAAUGAGCAACAGAAAUGCAUAUAAUUUACAUAUAUGGGCAUAUGUAACUAUUAGCAUAUAAUUUACAUUGUAAAAUUUCAGACCUAUCAUUUAAGUAUAUUAGAAUACAUAUACACUAUGUAUUAAAUAUAUAAAUAAUACAAUUAACAUAAUCAUAUACACUAAUAUAUUGUUACAUAUGAAUAAUGCAUAGGGUUAUAUAUUAUAUGCUUAUAGAUUAUCAUGUAUUAUGUAUGAUUUUUAUAUGUAAAUAUUAAUAUAAAUACAUAUUAAAUAUGUAUAAUUCAUGUU